AUGGAAAGAGUCGCCAGGCUCGUCGCGGUCGGUCUCGCGCUGAUCGCCGCCAGCUCUGCCAGUUCCGUUACGAGGGACGCCGACAAGCCGACUGUUGAUCUGGGGUAUGAGGUUCAUCAGGGCACCGUUAAUAGCACCGGCAAUUACUACAUCUUCAGCAAUGUUCCCUACGCAGAGCAGCCCAUCGACGCCCUGCGCUUCCAGAAGCCGACCGCCCCGACGGGGAACUUCUCAGACGUUAACAAGGGCACCAACGAUGUGAUGUGUAUGCAGGCCUACCCCCUUUGGAUCAUCCAGCUGCUCGCAUCAGACAACAAGACGGCGUACGCUGCCAAGACCGACGAGUUCCUCGACGCAGCGGGACAGACUGAAGCCUGCCUCGUGUUGGAUGUCCGGGUGCCGGUAGACGUAUUCGAGGCCGGAUCCGCCGCAAACGCUCCCGUCAUCGUCUGGAUCCACGGUGGCGGUUUCACGUACGGCUCCAAGUCCUCGGACGGCAACCCAGCGGGCCUCAUCGCGCGCUCCCAGGCCGACGGCGGCGACGGCGUCAUCGUGGUCUCGAUCAACUACCGACUGGGCUUGUUCGGGUGGCUCGCCGGCGACGACGUGACGCCGAACCUGGGCCUUUAUGACCAGCGUCUCGCACUCGAGUGGGUGCAGCAGUACAUUGGCCUGUUCGGCGGCAGCCCCGAGCGCGUCACCGUCAUGGGCGAGUCCGCUGGGGCUUCGAGUGUCGUGCAUCAUAUAACCGCGUAUGGAGGUACUGAGCCGGCGCCGUUCCAGUCAGCGAUUCCGCAGUCGCCCGCGUUUCAGUUCAAUAUCGAUCUCGCUGAGGCUUACCAGAAGACGCUGACGGAGGCGUCGAGUCAGACGGGUGUGACCGUCAACGGGGUCGCAGCGCUGAGUGAGCUUAGUUCGGCUACUUUAUCGUCUGUCAACCAGGCUGUGGUCUAUAACGCAGCCAUGGGUCUGUUCGUAUAUGGCGUCGGGCCGGACGGGACGUAUGUGCCCAAGAUACCGCAGAUACUGCUUUACGAGGGCAAUUUCAACCACGACAUCAACCUCAUGAUAAGCCACACCUCCAACGAAUCCGUGCCCUUCACGCCCACAAACAUCAGCACGUCCGCCGACCUCCUCGCAGAAGUGUACGCCAACUUCCCCGAGGCGUCCAACGACACCAUCACCACGCUCCUGACCGACAUCUACCCGGACGUGCUCGACGGCACGUACCCCUGGACGACGCAGUUCGCGCGCGCCGUGCAGAUCGCGUCCGAGAUCCAGUUCUCGUGCAUCACGGGCUACCUGGCGCGCGCCGCGGCCGGCGCCUCGCACAACUACGUCUUCGCGUACCCGCCGGGCUACCACGCCGCGGACCUGCCGUAUGUCUGGCUCAAUGGCGAGGGAGCGGUCGAUGAUGGGCUGCCCGUGGAUGCGAACCUGGCGCGCGCGCUGCAGUAUUAUAUCGUUGCGUUUGCGCGUAGUGGGGACCCGAAUGCCGGGCUGGGCGGAGAAGCGGUCGAGUUCCCGGUGUAUGGGGAUGGUGGUGCGGUGCUGAAGCUGGCGUAUGGGGGGUUCGUGGUUGGGGUUGAUGAUGUGAAGAACGAGCGGUGUGAUUGGAUCCAGCAGGCGAUGGUUGAUGGGUUGAUAUAG